GUCGCUUCUAGUAGAUAGGAUCAGUAUUCUAAAUAUACCAGAGCCAUGAAAGCCUUAAUUGCUUCUGUUAUAUGCAUGAAUAUAUUUUAUUUAGUUAACUGUUACUCUCAGUUGAAUUCCAUGUCUAUUGAAGAAUUAAAUAGUCGUUAUUGCGCUUUACACUGUAAAGACUGUUUUCGCUAUUGUGUACGAGAAAAUCAAGCUGAAGUUUCUGUCGAGUUUUACAAAAACUGUGCUCAACAAGUAAAAUUUUACCAAACUUUAUUCGAAUUAGAUAAUUUUAUUUGCAAAAGAAGCAGCGAAAAGGAAUAUUUAAAAUUUUUAAACUGUUUUGUCGCAGCCUUACAAACUGCAAAUAAGGAUCUUCCUAACAUACUACCCGUUUCUCAGGUAACGAGAUUAUGAUUGCUGUAAAAAUUUCGAAUAUUUAGUCUACAAAAUUAAUUUAUUUACAUUAGUAACUCGAAAUUUUAACUAAUUUCCUUUUCUACGUUGUUCUUACAUGUUGUUCUUACUUUUGUUUUUAUUUUAACCUUAGCUUGGGUCUAAGGUUAGGUUUGUUUAUUUAGCAUCACAGUCUGUUAACCAUUACCACAUUUUACUUUCCCGGUGUCAUAUAUAACAAGGGAAAGAAGUGAGAUCGUAAUUUGGCCCUCCUAGUUUUUUGCAUAUCUCCACAUUUUAACCUCCUGAAUCCAAAAAAGUUAGAAAAACUGCAAAAUAUUUGUGUGUUAUCGUCUAUUUCGCUUAAUAUCUCAAAAUGUGGUUAAGAUGAAAAAACGAAAUUUGGCAUUGUAACUUGCAUAAGUCAUAAUGCAAAUCAUGAGCAUUAAUGCUAUUAAAUUUUGGUAGUUAAAGAUCGGGGAGUGGAGAUAAAGAGGACGUCAUGUGUCAUAAC